AUGGCCAAUUGUAUUGGGAUGGCUUUGGAAAGCUAUGAUUUAAUUGAGAGUGGAAUUGGCAGUAGUGAUGGUGUAGGAUUAGAAUUCCUAAGUACUUUGGACUUGUGGGAUGGAAAGAAGCUUCUUCCCUUACACAUGCUUGAGUUUUACAUGCUUCUUCCCUCAAGGCUUCAGGGCCAUCACAUAUAUUAA